ACACAUCUUGUAAUGUGACAGACCUGGGCGUGGUUCUAGCGCGCAACCCUGAGCCAUUACGAGGCCCUGCCUCUUCUUCGUCCGACGGAUCCUCGAAUGACGUCUCCUGGCUGGAAGUGCUGGGCUUUUUGGCGAAGCUGCUAGGCGCAGUCGCCGCACUGAAAGCAGCUGAGUAUCUGCUUCGUGUGCUGUGUGCAGUCAUGGCCUGGAAGUCAGGGGGAGCCAGCCACUCGGAGCUGGUCAACAACCUGCGCAAAAAUGGAAUUAUCAAAUCAGAUAGAGUGUUCGAAGUUAUGCUUGAAACAGAUCGCCGACAUUACGCAAAAUGCAAUCCUUACAUGGACUCUCCACAGUCAAUAGGUUAUCAAGCAACCAUUAGUGCACCACAUAUGCAUGCAUAUGCACUAGAACUUCUUCAUGAUCAGUUACAUGAAGGUGCCAAAGCUCUUGAUGUAGGAUCUGGAAGUGGAAUUCUUACUGCAUGUUUUUCUAGAAUGGUUGGCCCAAAGGGAAAAGUAGUAGGGAUUGACCAUAUCAAAGAAUUAGUAGAUGAUUCUAUAAAUAAUGUAAAAAAAGAUGACACAACCUUGUUGUCUUCAGGCCGAGUAAAGCUAUUAGUUGGAGAUGGUAGAAUGGGUUACCCAGAAGAAGCACCUUAUGAUGCUAUUCAUGUAGGAGCAGCUGCACCUGUUGUACCACAAGCUCUGAUAGAUCAACUUAAGCCAGGAGGAAGAUUAAUCUUACCCGUUGGUCCAGCUGGUGGAAACCAGAUGUUGGAACAAUAUGAUAAGCUAGACGAUGGAAGUGUCAAAAUGAAGCCUUUGAUGGGGGUGAUCUACGUGCCUUUAACAGACAAAGAAAAGCAGUGGUCCAGGUGGAAGUGAAUUUCUGUUCCACUAUUUCCUCUUCCAAACACAUAAAAGGGAUGAAUUGUAACAGCUCCAUGAUUCAGACAAAGUAUUGCAAUGCAGUGCUUAACUGCCUUCUCAAAAGCUUUUACUUCAGAAUCAUCAGCAGUGCAGUUUGUUUUGGACUUUAUUACCCUGUUAAAAGCGGUGUGGAAUGUUUGUUUUCUGGCUUUCUUUUUUUUUUUUUUUUUUACUAAAAUAGGUUGCAGAAUAAUUUGGGGAAAGGCAUAUUUAAGUUUAUUUUAGAUUUAAAAAAAAAAAAGUUUCACCAAUUUAAUUCAAGCAACCAGCUUGUCAGCUAUUUAAUUAAAAUUGCACGCAUUCUGUUUUAAUUUCCAGAUACAUGAAAACUGCAGUGUACAGCAUUGUUGCUACAUUUAAAGUUGAUCAAAUGCUUCACAUAUGCAUACUAUCAAGUUUCUGCUAAAUGCUGCUAAACAUAUAGAAAUGAGCUUCCUUUAUUUGAACUGGUGUCUUAGAAUAAAAGCAUGUUGUGGAUGCAGUCAGCAGCUUCGCCUUACUACUGGCCAAUGUCUUUGUCCUAAUUUAAUUUGCAUCCAGGAAGUACAUUACACUUUAGUCUACAGUUAAGGCUCUAAUCAUCAUAAAUUCUUCAGAUGUUCAGACUUGGCUUUUAAAAAUCCAUCCUCUUUCAGGCCAAAUAAUAAUUGGCAACCUGCAUUAUGUUUAAGCACCCUCCCAUUGAUGCAGUUUAUAGGUCACUACUCCAUAUAAGAAACAAACACUUGCUGUGUAAGGUAUGUUCAUGUUACCGAACUGUUUAUGCAGCUCUGCUUUGCCAAAUAAAAUACAAAGCAAAAUCACAAA